AUCUGUUUUAUCUUGGAUUCCUUUCACUGCCGAACUAGCUUUGUUUGUGGAGGUAGCUAGGGUUUAUCGAGGGUUUCAUUCGCUCUCUCUGCAACAAUGGCGAAACCUGGCCGAGUUCGUCGCUCACCGUCGGGUUCCGUCUCCGGCUCUUCCUCUCGCUCCUCUUCCCCCUCCGAUUCUCGCUCCUCCUCUCGCUCUCGUUCGCUCUCUCGCUCUCGUUCGCCCUCGCGCUCCAGAUCUUUCUCUUCCUCCUCCUCCUCUCCAUCUCGCAGUUCUCGCAGCCGUAGCCACAGCCGGAGCCCUCCUCCUCAGAGGCGGAAAAGUCCUGCCGAACCAGCUAGGCGAGGUCGAUCUCCUCCACCUCCGUCUAAAAGAACUUCUCCUCCGCCAAGGAAACCUUCACCUGUACGGGAAUCACUUGUUCUUCAUGUUGAAAAGCUCAGUAGAAAUGUCAAUGAAGGGCAUUUGAAAGAAAUUUUCAGUAACUUUGGUGAGGUUGUAAGUGUGGAGUUGGCCAUGGAUCGGACUGUUAAUCUACCAAAAGGAUAUGGAUAUGUGCAAUUCAAGACCAGAGGGGAUGCUGAAAAAGCAUUAUUGUACAUGGAUGGUGCCCAAAUAGAUGGCAAUGUCAUCAAGGCAAGAUUUACUCUACCUCCAAGACAAAGAGUUUCACCACCUCCAAAGCCUUCUGCUGUUGCUCCAAAAAGAGAUGCCCCCAGGGCUGAUAAUGCUAAUGUGGAUGUUGAAAAGGAUGGACCGAAGCGUCAAAGAGAAUCUCCUCGGAGAAAACCUCCUCCUUCACCACGGAGGAGAUCUCCUGUGCCUCGAAGAGCUGGAUCUCCAAGACGACCAGACUCUCCGCGCCGUCGUGCAGAUUCUCCUCUCCGUCGUCGGUUAGACUCUCCUUAUCGUCGUGGAGACACCCCUCCUAGGAGGCGACCUGUGUCUCCUGGAAGAGGUCGUUCUCCAUCUCCACCAAGACGCCUUAGAUCCCCUGCAAGGGUUUCACCUAGAAGGAUGCGUGGAAGCCCAGGUCGGAGACGAUCACCUCCUCCUCCUCCAAGGCGCCGUUCACCACCUAGACGGGCUCGUAGUCCUCCUAGAAGAUCUCCAAUUGGUCGUAGACGUAGUCGCUCUCCCAUUCGAAGGGGACCACGCUCACGCUCACGGUCAUUCUCACCUCGCAGAGGUCGACCUCCUGUGAGACGUGGAAGGUCAUCAUCCUACUCUGAUUCACCAAGUCCACGCAAGGUAUCAAGAAGAUCAAAGAGUCGCAGUCCAAGAAGGCCUUUGAGAGGAAGGGGCAGUAGCAACAGCAGCAGCAGCAGUUCACCACCCCCAGCACGCAAACCAUAGAUAAUUCCUGUACAUCUUUUGUCUCUUUCUGUUGAUGUAUUUAUCAAGAUUCUGUACCAACUAUGAAUUGUUCUAGGGGUAAUAUGCUUGGGGAUAUGUGUUACUUUUCAUUGUUGUCUAUUCUAACACAUUCUCUUAUUAGCACUUAAAAAUAGUUUUCGAAACUUGCCGUUCUAUUCAAUUUCGUUUGGGUUCAACUUUUAGCUUUUUGUUAUUUUGCCAGAUUUAUUGUAUUCGGAACAGUUGGAAUUCCUAGUCAGUGGAUUUCUAUCCAAUUGAUUAGUUUCUUUAGAUAUUUGCGUAUGCGGGAAAAGUAGAUAUUUUGUUGUGUAAGUUUCUUGGAAUUGCCACGAAAUGCAGAACUGAGGUAAGCUUUAUUAAUCUGGCUACAGUGAUGAUACGAGAAAAUUCAUU